UUUUUUUCACAAACAGGGUCUCACUCUGCAUCCAGGCUGGAGCACAGUGGCAUGAAUGUAGCUCAUGGCAGACUUGAACUCCUGGGGUCAAGCAGUCCUUUUGCCUCAGCCACUUGAGUAGCUGGGGCCACAGGCACAUGCCACCAUGUCUCGCUAAUCUUGUUUCUUCUUUUCUUCCAUCCUUUUUUUUUGUGUGGUAGAAACAGGUUCUAUCUAUGUUGCCCAAGCUGGUCCUGAACCCCUAGCCUCAAGUAAUCCUCCUGCCUCAACCUACCAAAGCAUUGGGAUUACAAGUUUGACCCACUGUGAUCAGUCCAGGGUAGGAAAUGGAAUCUUAGCAACUAUCACAUGAGCUUUGAGGGAAUCCUUCUCUAGAUGAGCCUUCAAUUGAGACCUCAGCCUUGGACAUCAUCUGCAUCUGGAUUCCUGACCCAGAGCAACUGAAUUUUAUGGAACCUUGUAUUCUGUUGAAUACCAGAAUUAUAUCAGCAAUCCCCAAGCCCCAAAAUCACCAAAUGGGCAUCAUCAUGACAGCAGUGAGUUCCUGAUGAGGGCAGGGAAGUGAAUCCUAAGAACAAUCAUGUGAGUUUGGAAGGAGACCCUUCCCCAGCUGAGCCUCAGCCUGAGCCAUCACCUACAUCUAGACCAAAGACCCAGAGAAACUGCUCCAUCAGGAACUGUUCAGGACCGUGCCCUCUGUUGAUAUUCACAUGGUGGAAUUAUACUGCCCUUGGCGAACCCUAAAGCCAUCAAAAUAGCAGUUGGUGUACUGUGGAUUCUAUAUUAAGCUCUGGUCUACAGAGAAGAGAGAUCAAAGAGGUCUUCAGUUGUUCCCAGCUCCCCACACAAAUCUACCCAACAAAGUCCCGAUAAACAGUAUGUUUUCUGGAGUCUAUCAAUACCGGCUGGAGUGCAAUGGCAUGAUCUCAGCUCACUGCAACCUCUGCCUCCUGGAUUCAAACCAUCCUCCUGCCUCAGCCUCCUGAGUAGCUGUGGCAACAGUUUCUUACAGAUGAGGUCUUGUUCUUUUGGCCAGGCUGGAGUGCAGUGGUACGGUCGUCACUCACUGCAGCUUCAAACACCUGGGUUCCAGCAUUCAUCCCACUUCAGCCUCCCGUGUACCCGGGACUACAGGUAUAAAAUAAAUUCCUAUUGAAGUCAUCUUAACAUGGAACCAGAAUUAAAUCCUAACAACAAUCAUGUGAGCCUGGGGAGGAUCCUUCUCCACGUGAGCCUUCAGGGGAGACUUCAGCCUUGGCCAUCUUCUGCAUCUAGAUUCCUGACCAAGAGAAACUAAACAGGUUCUAAGUAUGUUGCCCAAGCUGGUCCUGAACCCCUAGCCUCAAGUAAUCCUCCUGCCUCAACCUACCAAAGCAUUGGGAUUACAAGUUUGACCCACUGUGAUCAGUCCAGGGUAGGAAAUGGAAUCUUAACAACUGUCACAUGAGCUUUGAGGGUAUCCUUCUCCAGAUGAGCCUUCAGUUGAGACCUCAGCCUUGGACAUCAUCUGCAUCUGGAUUCCUGACCCAGAGCAACUGAAUUUUAUGGAACCUUGUAUUCUGUUGAAUACCAGAAUUACAUCAGCAAUUCCCAAGCCCCAAAGUCACCAGAUGGACAUCUUUAUGACAGCAGAUCACCCAAUUGGCGUGCAUUUCCAGGAAUGCAUUUAUGGAAUAAGAAUAAAUGUUUACUCCCUUUUCCUGGGACAGUUCUAAAGACUCAGGAUCUCAUCCAGGAUACCUCAUCACAGACUGGAGUGCAGUGUCAUGAGCUUGGCUCACUACAGCCUCCAUCUUCUGUGCUUAAGGAUCCUCCCCUCUCAACCUCCAGGGUAGCUGAGACUACGGUGAGUUCCUGAUGAGGGCAGGGAAGUGAAUCCUAAGAACAAUCAUGUGAGUUUGGAAGGAGACCCUACCCCAGCUGAGCCUCAGCCUGAGCCAUCACCUACAUCUAGACCGAAGACCCAGAGAAACUGCUCCAUCAGGAACUGUGCAGGACCGUGCCCUCUGUUGAUACUCACGUGGUGGAAUUAUAUUGCCCUUGGCGAAACCUAAAGCCAUCAAGAUAGCAGGUCUGGUCUACAGAGAGGAGAGAUCAGGGAGCUCUUCAGUUGUACCCAGCCUCCCCACACAAAUCCACCUAACAAAGUCCUGAUAAACAGUGUGUUUUCUGGAGUCUAUCAAUAUGGAUGAGGUCUUGUUCUUUUGGCCAGGCUGAAGUGCAGUGGUACAGUCGUCACUCUUCAAACACCUGGGUUCCAGCAUUCAUCCCACUUCAGCCUUCCAUGUAGCCAGGACUACAGGUAUGAAAUAAUUUCCUAGUGAAGUCAUCUUAACAUGGAACUGGAAUUAAAUCCUAACAACAAUCAUGUGAGCGUGGGGAGGAUCCUUCCCCAGGUGAGCCUUCAGGGGAGACUUCAGCCUUGGCCAUCUUCUCCACCUAGAUUCCUGACCAAGAGAAGCUGUGAGUAAUGUGUAUAUGCUUUUCAGCCACUCAGCUGUGUGGGAAUUUGUUAUACAACAAUAAGUAACACACCUGGCAUUGAAUGUAAUGUGGUAUCCUAGAUUAGAUACUGGAAUAGAAAAGUGACAUUAUUGGAAACCUGAAGAAAACUAUGAAGAAAGUCUGUAGUUCCAUUGAUAGUUUUAUAACACUGUCAAUUUCUCAGUUUUCAUGAAUAGUCUAUGGUUAUAUAAUGUGUUAACAUUCCUUUAAGCUGAAAGGUAUAUGAAACUCUCUGCACUAUAUAUACCUCCUUCUGUAAGUCAAAUAUGAUUUCAAAAUAAUUUUAAAAUAAUAUUUUGGUGCAAAACAAAAACGAACAAAAAGACACAAGAACAUUAGCUUGGUUUCAGGAGAUGGGGUGGGCAAGUAGGGAAAGAACAGCAGUGCAGCUUUCCUAAUCUAUCCACCAUUCGGAACCCAGGUGCACCUGCUUCAGUUAAACACAGUUAGCUCUGGGGACUCUCAUCCAUUUUUGUCUUUGAAAUCAUGCUACUCAUUAUCCAGGAACAUUUUAAGUGUCAGUAACCACUUCUUCAGAGAGAGGUGCCUGUUCCUCAUAUAUCCCAGGACGCCCCGUUUUCAGACACUGUCUGGCAGUUUAUUCACAUAAUUCCACUAAAGCCUUUCUGGAAAAAAAUGAGUGCUGGACCUUAGAAGCCGAUAUUGCAAAAUGUCAGUGACAGGGAACACAAAUUGUAUUUCUACAAUCAGGAGAGUGUUUUAAUUCCCUUGGUACAGGGAUUUGUUCUUCAACUGAUUAUCAGAUCACUGUGAUAAUUUCUAUUUCUCUUGUCAUGAAUUAUUUGGGACCAUAUAUUCUGUUGCUCUUCACAUCUUGGAAUUAUAUUGUCCAUUUCCAAGGUCAAAGACCACAGAAUAAAUGUCAUCAUGGCAGCAGGUGAGUAGGGCACACAAACAGUGCUUCUAAAUAUGGUGGUUGAUUACAAUGCUUGCUUACUAAGACCUCGAUAUGAAUCUGUAGACAAGUGGUUUUUGGCAGGUGAAGUCAUGUGAGUGAUUCAGUAUAUGCUGUGUAUGGCUGGAGAAAGCUCAGUAGAUACAAGAAAAAGCAGUAUGUAACACAUCUCCCCCCACCAUGCAGUGAUCUAAGAGAUGGACCCAGGCUAAACGGUGACUCUGCACGUGUUCUGGCUAAACAAAGAAUCUCACAGCAGGAAGAACUGUCCAGCUGUCCCCCACAUAGGUCCCUGUUCAUAGUUCACAGCACUCUGCGGUGUUAGCAUCAGGGUUGUGCCAAAGAACCAUGCCUACAAAGCCUACCAAGCCAUGAGUCUGCAUGCUGCACUCACACAGACAUAGACAAAGCCAAGACUAUUGCCUUUACGAUGGUCCGUAAACAUGGGGCAUAUUCUCUAUAGCACAUUGAUAGCUUAUAUGAGAAAAUGAGAUCUUGCAGCCUGGAGACCUAGAGUGAGAGAUAUGACUGACCUCGACCACAUUUUUCACUUCUGAUAUCAGCAUAGAAGUGAUUUAGGUGCUGUUAUUUGAGCAUCUGUACUUUAAGAAACCUUCCAAGUCUUCCAAGUUCCAUAUACUUUACUCUUUAAGACAUGACUCCUCUUUUAAAUUUGACAUCUUAAAGGAGGUUUAUUCCAUUUUUUAAAUUUUAACUGAAGAUGCUAUAGUACAAUACUUAAAUGACAGAUCUUCUGUUUCUCUUUAUUUUAAUGCAUACUUUUUGAUCUAUUAUGAUGCAUACUGUGAAUAUUCUGCCCACCAAUAAAUGGACCCAAAAAUGGCCAGAGCAACAGACAUAACCCGCAGUUAGACCUGGACAUGAGUUAUGAGGACUACCACAUGGUGGUCACAAUAAUUGAGAUCUGAGUUCUCAAGUUUAAAGGAAAACAGGCACUAUACACAAAACUCUACUGCUAUAUUAUCAUGGACACAAAGGACAGAGUGCUGAGCACUGAGUGCCCAAACAAGUGCUUUAAUAGCAUGGAAGGCAUGAUUUCCCACAAUAUACUAAGCCACUAAAUUCACAAAGGCCACCACAAUUCUAAAAAAUGAUGUCACUGCAAACAAACCCAAGUGUUAGACCACAAUCUAAGACAAACGCUCCAAUAUGCUGUCUCCACACUCUAGCCUGAUUAGGAGUUGUAGUUCAGUGGAUGAAUGGCUCAAAUAUUUAACAUCAUUACUUCGUGUUCAUGUAAUUCAACCUUCCUGGAGUCUAAAACUAUAGGUGAAAUUUCAGUCAAAGUCCUAAAUUAUGAAUUGUAUAUGAAUUUCUUCUUCACUUAAUAUUUUCCCAAGGAAACAGGAAAACUAAUUUCAAUAUCCAAGUGUCCAAAAGUAGAGUUUGCCAGAGUAGCAAGGGGGCAGAACAAAGCAUUUUAUGAAGAUCACAGUGCAUCUGCUUCCACAGUGACUAUGUAUUAUCACCAUUUGUGUGAUUAAAAGGGUGAAUGAGAAUGAAGGAAAACAGAGAUCAAGAAUGUUAUAGAUUAAAGAAUUGAAUUUGUAAUGUAGCUUGCAGGGAUCAUUGCUUAUAUUACUAACUUUAGGACACAAUUUUUUAAUAUAGAUUUUCCUUAGUCUUUAGAAAACUAGCACUUCAGGAAAAAUUUCAAGUGUCUCUCUACAAUUUAUAUCUUCCUCAUCGAUAGAUUUCUUGAACCGUAGUUUAUAAAACAAUUACAGCACUUUACUGAUAAGUCUAAUAUUUCUACUAACUAAGUAGAAUAUAAAUAGAAUUGUUAAAUUAAUGUGAAAAUAUAUACAACAAUGUUUACUUAAUAACAGACUAAAAUAUAGCAGAUUAGCCACCAUGAUUUUUUCUUUUUCUUUUUGAGUUGGAGUUUUCUGUUUCACCCAGGCUGGAGUGAAGUGGCGAGAUCUCGGCUCACUGCAACCUUCGCCCCCGGGGUUCAAGUGAUUCUCCUGCCUCAGCCACCACGAUUUAACACUGAGAAGUAGGCAGUCACAGAGAAAAAGUUUAGAAUAGUUCACCAGUGAAGUCAUCUCAACCAGCCCAGGGCCUUGACUCCUAACAACAAUCACAUGAACUUGGAAGAGGAGCCUUCCCCAGGUGAACCUUCACUUGAGACCUUGUCCUUGGCCAUCAUCUACAUCUGGAUUCAUGAUACAGAGAAACCUGAGUAAUGAUGACACUAGCAGUCCAGCCUGCAUGGAUGCUGACAUGGAUGCUGUCUCCCAUUCUUACCACUGGAUGUGAAGAAAUGCUAGAUGCAAUGCAGCCAAUCUGUACUCGACUGUCAGUUCCAUCUUCUCAACUCACAGUGUCUUCCAAAGUCCAUGCCACACCACAGCCUGGAACAUCUCCCAAGGCUUUGAAUAACUCACCAGUGAAGUCUUCUUGACCUGGACAGAAAUUGAAUCCUCCCGAGAAUCCCAGGAGCUUGGAAGGGGAUCCUUCCCCAGAUGAGCCUUCCCUUGAAAUCUCUGCCAGGCAUCUGACCCAGAGAAACUGCCACACCACUUUACAGAGGAACACCAGGGAUGUUCCAGGAACCAUGCCCACAAAACUUACUAAGCCAUGGGACUGCAUACUACACUCCCAAGGACAUCCGCAAAGUCAAGACUCUUGCUUUUUCAGACUGUGAUCAUGGGCUACAUUCUCCAUACCAUGUUCAUAUCUACAGUGAGAAAAUAAACUCCUGCGUCCUGGAGACCUACAAUGAGAAACAAAGCUGACCUUGACCAUAUUUCUCACUUCUGAGAAGACUGUAGCAGUAAUUCAGGUGCUAUUAUUUGGGGCAUUUAUAAUUCAGUAAACCUUCUUACCCCUCUAAUCUUACAAUUCACCCCAUCAGAAAGGACGGUUUCAUUUAAAUUGGCAAUCUUAAGUCAUGGAGGUUUGAUCUUUUUAUUUCAUUAUAACAGGAGUUUCUGUAAGGUAAGUGACUUGUACAAUCCCGUUUUCCUCUUCAUUUCAAUGCAUACAUAUGGUCUAUUAUGAUGUGUACUGUUAAGAUCAUCCAUGAGUAAAUUCUUCAGAAAAAAAAAAAUCAAGUGGCAGGCCAUGAAGUAUACAGAAGUAGAUGUGUGGAAGGACAGACUCAUCUCUAGGUGGCAAGAGGGUCGAUGAGCUCUAGGUGCUCAGGUUUAAGCCUGGAAAAGUGAUAGACAUAAAACUCUGCUACCAUAAUGUCUCAGGCACAGAGGACACAGUGCUCAGCGCUAAGCUCCCAAACAUUAGCAUGAUAGCGUGGAAAAUAUGAUUUGUACUGAGUCUGGAUUGGCCACCAGAAUUCUCAGAAAGAUGCCAUUGAAAACACCCCAUCAUCUGACCACAUCCUUAGGCAAGAACCCAACGCUGUCUCUGCCCUCUAGUCUGAAUGGUGAAUAAAAUUUAAAGGGUGCAUGACUCCUAAACUUGAGAUUAGGGCUUCCUGUUCACUGAAUUGAACUCUUCUAGAAGCUGAAACUCUCAUUGCAAAUAUGCUCAACAUUCUAAAUUAUACAUUAUAAGAGUUUCCUCUUCAUUCAGUACACUAUUUGGGGAACAUCAAAGCCUGUUUCAUUUUCUAAGUAUCGACAAGUGGGGCUGACAAGAGUAACAAGUGGUCAGAGCAAGGCAUUUCGUGAAAACAGCAAUGCACAGGCGUCUGCAGUCCCUGCUUACAGUGAGAUUCACAUGACCAUCGUUCAUGGGAUACGAAGGAUAAAAGAGGAGGGAGAAAAAAAUAUGUAGUUGAUCUGGAUGAAGAAUCAGAUUUGGAAAGCAACUUAGAAUAAUCUCUGCUUAUAUUUCUAAGAUGAAGGCAAAAAGUCUCAAGAUACAGGAUUUUCUGUCUUCAGAGAGCUGCACUCUGCUGCAAAUUUUCAAGUAACACUUUACCAUUUCUAUCUUCCUUCUCCAUGGGAUCUUUGAGCCAUAAUUUAUAAAAUCACCUCUACAUCUCUUGUAUUUUUGUUAUGUCUAAUAAUCUCUUGAGGUCUCUCUAGGGACAGUGACUAUAAAUUAUCACCCUGCCCAACAGGACUCCAGGAAACUGCGUCCUGUAUGUUUACAGUGUGCCUUUCAUGGGAUACUUAUUUAUCCUGGUGGAUACCCCAAAGCGUAAGUGUACAAUCUUUGACCCAGCAUCCUUCUCACAGGAUAUUUGUUUAUACUGUCAGACACCCUUGUGGCACUUGUCAGACCUGUGUCCACUACAUUCCCACCAAUGUAGCCACUAUCUAGGAGAGCUCUGAGUUCGAAAAAAGUUGAGCUCACAUGUGUUGGUCAUGUGAGCCACGGAGGAGGCAACUCAACAAAGCACAGGUAUUUCUUGCAGGUGGGGAUUGUUGGGCACCAUUGCAGGGUCUAACUGACACAUUAGGUCUUCUCCAAUCUGCAAGUUUCAUAGUCUUCACUUAUUUUUCUUGACCUUGACCCUUUUGAAAUGUACAGGUCAGAUAUUUUGUAAGGUGUCCCACAGUAUGGAUUUGUCUCAUGAUUUCUCAUGAUUAAAUUAGGGACAUGUAUACAUUAAACACAUGUCAUCUAAGUUUGAAGACAAGAAAAACUAAACAUUAUGGAUAUUAGAAAUAUAAACAUAGUGAUAAAUAUAACAAACACAAAUUAGAGGAUAACAAAUAAAUUCACAGUAAAGUUACCUUCAGUGAUUAAGGAAGAUGAUGAAGCUAAGGAGUUCCAUUAACAGCUAUGAACAUAUUGCUCAUGUUCUAUUUUAUAAGGUCAGCAGUGACUUUAAAUAAAAAGAAACUUUAUACAUUUAAGAAUCGUUUAGGAUUUACAUAAUUGUUUUAAAUAUAUUACAUAGACUUUCCAUAUAUCCCACUACAGUUGCUCUUUUUAUUAACUUCUCAAUGUAGGACAUUUGUCACAAUUAACCAAUUUUAAACAGUAUCAUUAACUACUCUUCAUACUUUAUUCAGAUUUUCUUAGUUUUCACUUAAUGUCCAAUUUCUAUUCCAGGACCUCGUCCAGGAUACCUCAGCACAGUUAAAUAUCACGUCUCCUUAGAUUUCUCUGACUGUUGCAGUUUCUUAGCGUUUCCCAGUUUUUGAUGGCAUUGACAUUCCUAAUGUGGGAUUUCUCUUUAGGUUUUUUUUCAUGAUGAGACUAGAUUUGUGGGUUUAGGGGAGGAAGAUGACAGAGGAAAGGUGCCAUUCUCCUCACAUCAUACCAAGGGCACAGGCUCUCAACAGGCUUUAUCACUGUUAAUGUUAAUUUGAUCACCUAGAUGAGGUCAUUUUUAUCAAAUUAUCACACACGGUGAAAUUAUUAUUUUUCCCUUUCCCCAUAGAAUGUUUCAGAACAAAGUCACUAACACAACACGCAUUUAAGAAGUGGGGAAUCAUGGGCUAAGCACGAUGGCUCACGCCUGUAAUCCCAGCACUGUGGGAGGCUAAGACAGGCGGAUCAUCUGAGGUCAGGACUUCGAGACCAGUCUGGCCAACAUGGCGAAAGCUCGUCUCUAUUAAAAAUACAAAAAUUAGCUAGGCACAGUGCACACGCCUGUACUCCCAGCUACUCGGGAGGCUGAGGCAGGAGAAUCACUUGAACCUGGGAGGCAGAGUUUGCAGUGAGCUGAGAUCACGCCACUCCACUCCAGCCUGGGCAACAGAGCGAGACUCCAGACUCCAUCUCAAAAAAAAAAAAAAAGUGGGGAUUCAUGAUCUACCUUUUUAUUGGCAGAAUGUCUACAAAUUUAUUUGAACUCUCAACUGUAAGCGUCUCUGUUCUACUACACAUUUAUUCAUGUAUACAUAAAUUAUUUAUAUCAUCAUCUAAACAUGGAUAUUUAUUUUAUACUUUACAUAUGCUAAUUUAUUUGAUUGCUCAGAUUGUUCCAUGGUUGCCUUUUGGAAGGUUUUUUAGUUGUCUGUGGUAUAAUUUUGAAAUACCCACAUAAUUAAGGUUCAAUGUUGUAUGGUUGGUUGGUUUUGUUGUUGUUUAGCAUUUUCUUUUCUUUAACCACUACUAGGUGCUCCAGGCUAACUGUGUAUUUAAUUGUACUCCAGGCUAAGUGUAUAAUCGUGUAAUUUCUACUACUUUUUCCAACACCAUAUGAUCUAAUGCAGCACCAUGUGAAUGAUGUAUGUAGUCUCUUACUCUCCCUAUGAAGAACUUCGUGCCGUUCACUUAAUCAUACUACCUGAACAUCCAUGCAGAGUGGUUUCAGAACUGGUAACUUAUACCCCAAUGGGAAACAAUUUUACCAAGCAAAGUACAGUACUUAGGUAUAAAUACUUUGGCUUUUAGCCUCAGAAUGUCCACUUAUUUCCCAAAUUACUUAGGUCCAUUGCUUUCCUCCACUUUCUUUAGUGAGGCUAUUCCAUACAUUCAUUACAUAGUUAUAUUAUUUUUUUGGUCAUUCCUCCUUGGAAACCCUCUACCUACUAAAUAAGGUUUUAAUUUUGCAUAAUUUAGAUGCACUGUUUGUGUUAUAAAGUUCUUCAGGAUUCAGAAAACAUUAUUAUGUAUCCACCAUUACAAUAUCAGAGAGAGUAAUUUCACUGCCCAAAAGAAACCUGCUAUAUUUCACUGAUCCCACCUUUCUCUCUCCUAAGCCCAUUGUUACCACCGAACUCUUUGCUCUCACUAUCCUUUUUUCCUUUUCUAGAGAAUCAUAUAGGUGGAAUUACACAGUAUUUUGCCUUUUCCAACUUAUAUUUUUUCACAUAGCAAUAUACCUUUUAGAUUUUUGAAGUAUGUAUCAUGUUUUUUUAGACUUCUCUUCCCCUAUUGUUGCAGGACAGGUGAGCCCCAAAUUUGGGGCUUCAGCUGGCAGGGUUCUUGGCUUUGCCCAGGAAAGUAUUUAAGGGCAAGCCAGUGGUGAUAGACAGCAAUCUUUUAUUGAACGUUACUGCUCCUUAAAGAGCAGGGCUAACUCAUAAGCAUCACAUCAGUUGGUAACCUAUGGGCUCUUGUCAACUAUCUUUACACUAAGGCAAACUCACUUUCAAUUACAUGUAAAUUGAGGAGUGGAUCAAUGAAACUUGAUAGGCAGGUUAUUCAGAACUUUCUAGGAGAGGAGCAGUAACUUCUGGGUUGUUGCCAUGGAAAGAGGUGGUUAAAUUCCAGGUUGUUGGCAUGGAAUUUAUAAACAGUCAUGGUGAUGGAGGGAAUGUCUCAUGCCAGUGAGCAAUGAGGACAACCAGGGAUCCCUGCACCUCUUUUUGCCAGUUUCUUCACUGUAUGCUGUCUGGACCAGAUCUUGUUUUGAUCAGCAGGGUUGUGACCAGGAAACAGCCUGCCAGUCUUCUGUCUCAUGAUGGCAAAAGGCAUUGCGUGUCUUUUCGUGUGAUUUGGAUAUGACUAUAGCUUUUUUGGAGAAUUGGGUAUUUGAAUAAUUUCCAUUUUUGAUUGCGAUAUUUGUCUUUUUACUUUUGAGCUCUAAGAUGUUGUCAUAUAUGAUUAACAGUAGACCAUUAUCACCUAGAAAAUUUGCAAAUAUUUGCCUUUAAUUUAACUUUUAAGUUUCAGGGUACAUGUGCACAUUUGUUACAUAGGUAAACUUGUGUUAUGGUGGUUUGUUGUAGAUUAUUUCAUCACCAAUGUACUAAGCCUAGUACCCAUUAGUUAUUUUUUCUGAUCCUCUCUCGCCCUCACCCUCCACCCUCCAAUAGGCCUCAGUGUGUGUUGUUCCCCACUGUAUGUUUAUGUGUUCUCGUCAUUUACCUCCCACUUAUAAGGGGAAAAAUAUGGUAUUUGGUUUUCUGUUAUUGCAUUAGUUUGCUGAGGAUAAUAGCCUCCAGCUCCAUCCAUUUUCCUGUAAAGGACAUGAUAUUCUUUUUUAUGGCUGCGUAGUGUUCCAUGGUGUAUAUGUACCACAUUUUCUUUAUGCAGUCCACCAUUGAUGGGCAUUUAGGCUGAUUCCAUGUUCUUGCUAUUGUGAGUAGGGCUGCAAUGAACAUAUGCAUGCAUGUGCCUUCUUGAUAGAACACUUUUUAUUUCUUUGGGUAUAUGCUAAGUAAUGGGAUUGCUGGGUUAAAUGAUAUUUCUGUUUUUAGGUCUUUGUGGAAUCUCCACACUGCCUUCCACAAUGGUUGAACUAAUGGAGACAUCCACCAAUUAGUUAGAUGGCUGGUGUUAGAUGGUAUCACAUUGUGGUUUUGAUUUGCAUUUCUUUAAGGAUCAGUGAGGUUGAGGUUUUUUUCAUAUAAUUGUUAGCUACAUAUGUAUCUUCUGUUGAAAGUGUCUGUUCAUGUCCUUUGCCCUCUUUUUAUAGGGUUGGUUUUUUUUUUCCUGAACAUUUGUUUCAGUUCCUCAUAGAUGCUGGAUAUUAGACCUUGGUCAGACGCAUAGGUUGCAAAACUUUUCUCCCAUUCUGUAAGUUGUCUGUAUAUUCUGUUGAUAGUUUUCUUCUGCUGUGCACAAGCUGUUAAGUUUAAUUGGAUUUAGUUUGCCAGUUUUUGCUUUUGUUUGCAAAUAUUUACUCCCAUUCUUUGGGUGUCUUUAUUUUUGAUUGUGUAGCAUGAAUCACGAAAGUUUCAAAUUCUAAUGAGAUUUAAUAUACCUGUUUUUUCUUCUUCCCUUUUUCUUUCAACAUCAUAUCUUAGGAAAGAUUUUUUUAACCUAAGACCACAAAGAUGUAUUCUUGUGUUAUUUUCUAUAUUUUGGACUUGUUUAGCUAUUAUAUAGAGAUAUAUGAUCAUUUUGAGUCAAUUACAUUUUCAAUGUGAGGCAGGAGUUCAACUUACAUGGAAUAUGCACUUGUUUCAGAAAUAUUUGAGUAAAAAUAUUUAUCCAUAUAUAAUUUAUUUGGUGACAUUAUAAAAUUAUUUCACUGCAAAUAUAAGUAUUCAUUUUUGAGCAUUAUAUUCUAUUACAUUGAUCAACAUCUAUAUUCUUAUUCUAGUACCAUAAAUCUUGAUUACUCUUACGUCCUAGUGAGUUUUGAAGUCAGGAAGUAUGUAUCUCCAAUGCCAACCUUUUUUCUUCUUUCUCAAAAUUAUUUAGGCUGCUCUGGGUCUAUUGCAUUAUAUAUGAAUUUUAGAUAAACUUUGUGAAUUUAGAGAAAGGAAAUGUCACCUGGGAUUUUGAUAGAGGUUGUGUUAAAUCUAUAGAUCCAUUUGGAAAAUAUUGACGGCCUAACAACAUUAACCUUUAUGAGCAAUGAAUAGUCAAAGUUUUUUUCCAUUUAUUUUUUAUCAAAAUAUUUUCUAUAGUUUUUGUGUAUAUAUCUUAUACUUAAUUUGAUAAACUUAUUUUUGAUUUCAUCUCAAAUGAAACAUUCUGAGUUUUUAUUUUAGAUUGUUAAUUGCUAGCAUAUAGAAAUUCAGAGGAUUUUAUAUAUUGACCUUAUAUACUGCAAGUUUGUGGAACUCAUUUAUAAAUUCUAAACAUACUUGAUUAGAGUCCUUUGGGAAUUUUAUAUAUAAGAUCAGGUCAUAUGCCAACAGACAGAGUUUGACUUUCUUUCCAUACUGGAAGCCUUAUAUUUAUUUUUCUAGACUAAUUGCCAUGUCUGUAUCCUCCAGUACAAUGUUGAAAACAAGUGUCAAGAGUGGAAAUCCUUGUCUUGUUUCUAAUCUUAAGUUAGUGAACCUUUCAGAUAACCUAUGAUGACAUGUUAGUUUUUCAUGGAUCCUCUUUUAAAAGGAAGAGAGUUCCCUUAUCUGACUCAUUUGCUGCAUAUUUUUCUCAUAGAGAAUUUGAGAAUUUUCAAGUGCCUAUGCGUCUUCUGAGCUGAUGAUGUGGUUUUUUUCUUUAUUAUAUGAAUAUAGUGCAUGGCACUAGUAUUGUAUGUUGAACCAAAUUUUGCUUUUCUGAGAUAAAUACCCUUGAUAUAGUGUAUAAUACUUUUUACAUGUUUCUGGUUUGUUUUACUAAUAUUUCCUUGAUGAUUUUUGCCCCUGUAUUCAUAAGGUAUAUUGCUCUUCAUUUUCCAUAUUUGAAAUGUCUUUGUCUAGUUGUGGUAUCAGAGUAAACUAACUCAGUAUACAAUGGGAAAUCAUGCCUUCUCCAGUUUUUGGGAAUAAUUUGUAAUAAAUUAGUAUUAAUUGUUUAAGUGAUUCCAAUAAUUCACUAAUGAAUUCUUCUUGGUGAGGUCAGAGAUGUUAAUCCUAAGAACAGUUACAUGAGCUUGGAAGGAGACCUUUCCCCAGCUGAGUCUUAGCCUGGGCCAUCACUUACAUCUGGACUGGAGACCUAGAGAAACUACUCCAUCAGGAAUCGUUUGGGACCGUGCAUUCUGUUGACACUCACAUUGUGGAAUUAUGUUGCCCACUGCCAACCCUAAAGCCACCAAGGUAGCAGGAAUGACACAAGACAAAUAUCCACAUGUAUGCACAUUGAAAAUAUUUUUUCCAGUAAUUAUAAGAGUCACUCAGUUGCCCAGGCUGGAGUGCUAUGGCACAAUCCUGGCUCACUGCAACCUCAUCCUCCCUGGUUCAAGUGAUUCUUGUGCCUCAGCCUCCUGAGUAAUGGAUUACAGGUGUGCGCCACCACAGCCGGGUUUCAAAUAAUUCAUCAGUGAAGUCUUCUCAACCUGGUCAAUCACGUGAACUUAGAAUAUGAUUCCUCCCCAGCUGAUCCUUCAGAUCCUUUGGCAUUUGAGAGUUGCUUUGUGUAUACGGCCCUUUAACGGAGCAAAUGGCCAGCCAGGAAACCAAAGUAUGGACAAGGGGAAAGAAGCAUCUGUGGAGGAAGUUUUACAAGCGGCCCUCCUCAUCCAUACUUGUCAUUGCUACAGCAACACGGAGAUGCAUUGACACCCUUCUUCAAUCCAGAGGAUGGGCCAUCAACUCACAAAAGUACAAGGCCUGGAACCAGCUGCAAAGUUCCUAUGGAUCACUUGGCCAGAAACAGGUUCUAACUAUGUUGCCCAAGCUGGUCCUGAACCGCUAGCCUCAAAUAAUCCUCCUGCCUGAACCUACCAAAGCACUGGGAUUACAAGUUUGACCCACCGUGAUCAGUCCAGAGUAGGAAAUGGAAUCUUAACAACUAUCACAUGAGCUUUGAGGGUAUCCUUCUCCAGAUGAGCCUUCAGUUGAGACCUCAGCCUUGGACAUCAUCUGCAUCUGGAUUCCUGACCCAGAGCAACUGAAUUUUAUGGAACCUUGUAUUCUGUUGAAUACCAGAAUUAUAUCAGCAAUCCCCAAGCCCCAAAAUCACCAAAUGGGCAUCAUCAUGACAGCAGGAUAGGCCAAAAUGGAUCUGGACUAUAAUCUUUACAUAUUUAGAUCCUUCAAACUAGACCAAAAAGGAAAUCUGGGCUGCAAGGCUCAAUUAGAAGAACAGUGUGGGAUGCUGCUUUGCUGACUAUUGGGGGUCGCUGCCCCAUGUCUUCAGAGGAGACUGGAGCCCAGUGCCUGCCAUGACCAACUUAUGAGGUGAAGUAAGGGCUUCCCCCUAGGAACGCAUGUGCUUAAUACAGCUGUGCUGUGUGCUAGGUACCCUAAGGACUACAGGAAAUAAUGAGAAUACAUGAUGUGUCCAUAACAAGGAGGCACACAGGCCACGGCACCAGCUCUGGAAUCACACAGCCCAGGUUCGAAGCCUGGCUAGGCCACUGUCAUAUCAAUGACCCAAGGAGCAAGCAGCCUAAGGCUUAAAUGUUGUUGCUGUUGUUUGUUGUGGUUUUUUGUUUUUGUUUUUGUUUGAGACAAGAGUUUUGCUCUGUUCCCCCAGGCUGGAGUGCAGUGAGGUGAUCUCAGCUCACUGCAACCUCCGCCUCCCGCUUUCAAGCGAUUCUCCUGCCUCAGCCUCCCUAGUAGCUGGGAUUACAAGUGCGUGCCACCACGCUCAGUUAAUUUUUGUAUUUUUAGUACAGAUGGGGUUUCACCAUGGUGGUCAGGCUGGUCUCGAACUCCUGACCUCAGGUGAUCCACCCACCUUGGCCUCCCAAAGUGCUGGGAUUAAAGGCGUGAGCCACCGCGCCCAGCCUUAAAUAUUGUUUAAAACAAAUUUGUGAAAAGAAGUGAAGAGGCCCUGCCUGCCAGGAAGAGAUGACAAGGCACCACGUCCCCUCCUCGGAAACCCUCACGGCCUGGCUGGUGACCCUGGCACCACAGAGACGGCACACCUGGCUCCAGGCAGCACAGAGGCACUGCCAAGGUCCUAGAGGAGGCUGGCAGGAUAUAGGUUGUCCUGUGCUUAACUUGAAGCAGAUGUGCCCUCUGUGAACCGGGGAAUGGGGACGGCCGACACAGGGCCACUGCGUGCAACAGCGCCGGGCCAGGGCUAAGGAACUGGCGAGCCGGCGCCCAGGUGACAAGAGAUCUGGCGGUGGGCCCGCAGGCCCCAGCAGUUCCCUCAUAGAGGCCACGCGGUGCAACACCUGCCACCGGCAGCGGGGCUUCCGGGGGUCCUGGGGCAGCUGGGGCCGACAGGGCGUCGCCCUUUGCCCUCUGACCCCUGCCUUUUGCGCCCCCCGCUGGCGCUCCCUGGUUCUGUGAAGAACCUCGCGGAGGCGUCGCAGGCGUCGAGCCAGUCAGUUUGUGCUUGGUCGCCAGAGGAGGCGGUGGCUGAGGAGAGUUGAGUCCACUGCUGACCCUGUUUUACGGUAGGAGGCACGGCUAGCUCUAAAUGGGCAAUUUACUUAGUAAAUUUAGACCCGGGUGCCGCCGCCGGCCCCUGCCAGGGCCAGGGCGUGGCGCCCCCGCUGCCCUGUCCCGGGACGCCUCCCCGCCCGGUCGGGCUCACUCUGCACCCACCCCGCGCCCUUUCCGCGGCCUGUUCCGCCGGAACGCCCGUCGCAGGCCUUCACCAGCCAGCAUCUUCGUCGCCCCUAAGAGGCCGUGUCCUCUCCCUCGGGCUGCGGCCGCCCCUCUGGGGGUCCUGCCGGCUGUGGGUUGGGGGCUGGCCACCAGGAAGACACCCAUGCUGCCUGCUCGGAACCCCCCGAGGUUUGGACACCCCAGUUCCGUAAGGAUCCCUCCUCCCAGCCGCAUGUUCACUCUCCUGCUGCCUUCACCACCUGAGCCGGCGGUCAAGGCCAGGAAGCCCAUCCCAGCCACUCUCCUGGAGGAGACCAAGGUGCGGGCCCAAGAAGGGCCCAGAAGAGUGAAGAAGGAUGAGGAUCCGGUGCAGAUCGAAGGGGAGGAUGACGAGAAAAGGACCCCCCUUAGCAGCGGAGAAGCAUCGUCCACAACCAGGUCCCAGGGCACCCAGGGAGACGUGGCCUCCUUCAGAUGCAGCCCUGGGCCUCUGGAGGGAAAUGUCUACCACAAGUUCUCAGAAAACAGCAUGAGUGAGAAGGCCCAGGCGUCUCCAGCGAGCUCCUGCUUGGAAGGCCCUGCCAUGCCCAGCACACACAGCCAGGCCGGAUGUGCCCGGCAUCUUGGAAAGCCUGAUCCGGAUGCAACAGCGCCCCCUCAGCCAGCCGUUGGCUACUCCCUGCUGCAGCAGAAGUUGGCUGCGGAAGUGCUGAAUGAAGAGCCACCGCCCAGCUCCCUAGGCUUGCCGAUUCCGCUGAUGUCCGGAAAGAGGAUGCCUGAUGAGAAGCCUUUCUGUAUUCCUCCAAGGAGCGCUGCUCCUCCCAGAGCUGCCCGCAACAGGCCCUGCAAAAGGAAAAUGUCGAUUCCAUUGCUGCUGCCGCUGCCCCCUUCACUGCCAUUGCUGUGGGAUCGAGGUGAGCUUCCCCCACCUGCUAAGCUCCCCUGCCUGUCUGUUGAGGGAGACCUACACACCUUGGAGAAGAGCCCUGAGUAUAAAAGGAAUAGCAGAAUCUUGGAGGAUAAAACAGAGACCAUGACAAACAGCAGCAUCACCCAGCCUGCCCCUUCUUUCUCCCCACCUGUGGAGACCACAGACUCCCUGCCCCUGACCACUUACACUUCCCAGGUCUCAGCUCCUUUGCCCAUCCCUGACUUGGCUGACCUGGCUACUGGACCCCUCAUCCUGCCUAUCCCUCCACUUUCCACCACACCAAAAAUGGAUGAGAAAAUAGCAUUCACAAUCCCUAACUCUCCUCUGGCUCUUCCUGCUGACCUUGUUCCCAUUUUGGGUGAUCAAUCUAAUGAGAAAGGAGGCUCUUGUCAUUCAGUCGUAGGAGCAGCGCCUCUCACUUCUGACCCCCCAACACCUCCUAGCCCCACACCCUCCUUCAAACCUCCCGUCACAAGGGAGUCCCCAAUAUCUAUAUGUGUGGAUUCCCCUCCUCCUCUUUCCUUCCUGACUCUUCUUCCAGUCCCUUCCACCGGGACCUCAGUUAUCACCAGCAAGCCUAUGAAUUCCACGUCAGUCAUUUCCACUGUCACAACAAACGCAUCUGCCCACCUAACCUCACAGACUGCGGUAGACCCUGAAGUAGUUAAUAUGGAUACUACUGCCCCAUCUCAGGUUGUUAUUUUCACAUCUUCCCUAAGCUCCAGAGUGAGCUCUCUCCCAAAUUCCCAAAUACAUUGCAGUGCAGAGCAGAGGCACCCGGGAAAGACAUCAGUCUACACAUCCCCACUUCCAUUUAUAUUCCACAAUACCACCCCAAGUUUUAACCAACUCUUUGGAAAAGAAGCCACCCCUCAGCCCAAAUUUGAGGCUCCUGAUGGGCAGCAGCAGAAAGCUUCUCUCCCCAGUGCCUGUGUUUUCCUGAGCCUUCCCAUCAUUGCUCCUCCAGACACCUCCACUUUAGUGAACAGUGCCUCUACAGCAUCAUCAUCCAAACCUCCCAUUGAAACCAAUGCUAUGCAUACCACUCCUCCUUCCAAGGCUGUCAUCUUGCAGUCUGCCUCUGUCUCCAAGAAGUACCUCCCAUUUUACCUGGGGCUUCCUGGUUCUGGGAACACACAACCCAGCGGCAACACUGCCUCAGUCCAAGGCUCCACCAGUUUGCCUGCACAGUCAGUCAGGGCACCAACUACAGCUUCCAACCAUCCUUUAAAUCCAGGAGCCACCCCUCAACCCAAAUUUGGGGCCCCUGAUGGGCCACAGCAGAAAACCUCUCUCCCCAGUGCCCAUGAUUUUCUGAGCCUUCCUAUCAUGGUUCCUCCAGACACCUCCACUUUAGUGAGCAGUGCCUCUGCAGCAUCGUUAUCCAAGCCUGCCAUUGACACCAGUGACAUGAAUACCACCCCUCCUUCCAAAACUGUCAUCUUGCAGUCUACCUUUGUCUCCAGGAAGGAGUACAUCCGAUUUUAUAUGGGGCUUCCUGGUUCUGGGAACACACUACACAGUGACAGCAUUGCCUCAGCCCAAGUCUCCACCAGUUUUCCUGCACAGGCAGACAGGAGACCAACCACAACUUCCAGCCAUCCUUUAAAUACAGAAUCCAUCUCUCAUUCCACACUUGGGGCCACUGAUGGGCAGCAGAAGUCUGACAGUUCUUUUAUUCUGGGGAAUCCAGCAACCCCAGCACCAGUUAUAGGCUUACCAUCUCCUUCAGUCCAGCCACUGAGUGGCAGCAUAAUUCCACCAGGUUUUGCAGAGUUAACAUCACCAUAUUCUGCAUUGGGCACACCUGUUAAUGCUGAGCCAGCCGAGGGUCACAACGCAAGUGCUUUCCCCAAUGGCACAGCAAAGACUUCUGGAUUUAGAAUUGCCACUGGGAUGCCUGGCACUGGAGACAGUACCUUACUGGUUGGAAAUACUAUUCCAGGCCCACAAGUGAUUAUGGGACCUGGAACCCCUAUGGAUGGUGGGAGCAUUGGGUUCAGCAUGUCUGCCCCAGGCCCAAGUUCCACAUCAGGAGAGCUCAACAUUGGACAAGGACAGAGUGGGACACCCAGCACCACUUCUGUUUUCCCAUUUGGUCGGGCAGCCUGGGACCCAACUGGCCACAGCAUGGCUGCUGCACCACAAGGGGCUAGCAACAUUCCUGUAUUUGGAUAUACUUCUGCUGCCACCUACAUUCCUGGUUUAGACCCACCUACCCAGAAUUCAUGCAGCGGUAUGGGAGGGGAUGGCACCAGAUCCAUAGUUGGAGGCCCUUGUGUUCCUGCUUUUCAACAGUGCAUCCUGCAGCACACAUGGACAGAGAGAAAAUUCUACACUUCAAGCACCCACUACUAUGGACAAGAAACAUAUGUUAGGAGACAUGUCUGUUUCCAACUUCCAUAAGAGCACCUGUGGUUCACCUGAUCACACCACAUCAGUUGUGGUUGUAAAUACCAGCAUUAUCCUUUUGUAUGGUCAUGCUUCUAGUUUCAUCUUCAUGCCAAGCACCUGCCAUGUACCUCUCCAGAACUCAGGUUGUGCACCAGGAGGGGACAACAACAUCCCUGUGCUCCCUUUCUCCAUCAGUACACAAGGGUCCCACCUGGACAAAACACAGGUGGUGCAUCUGCAGUGAAUGGCAACAUACCUUUAAUUAGAGGCCUUUGUGUAUCCACCUACCAACAAAGUACCUAGGGCCCACCUGGACAAAACACAGAUGGUACCUCUUCCAGGAGUGUCAACAUUCAUUUGAUAGAAGGCCCUCAUGUGCCCAUGUAUCAGCAAAGCACCUGGGGCCCACCUGGACAAAGCACAAACCAUGCAAUGAGGGACAGCAACACAACAGCUGUGACUGGUUGUACUUUUGGUCCCCCAUUUACACAAAGCACCUGAGGCCCACCUGGCUAAAUGCAGGUGGUGCAAUAGGAGAUAGCCCCAGAUAUUUGUAGGGAGAAACCUCUAGUCUCCCUUUCAGUAAAAAUACUGUGGACCUGCCCAACCAAGGUGCUCCUUUUGACUUUAGAGGAACCAGCAUUGUUUUUGUUUUGGUUGGUUUGUUUGUUUGUUUGUUUUUGAGACGGAGCCUUAGCCCAGGAUGGAGUGUAGUAGCACAAUCUCGGCUCACUGCAACCUCUACCUCCUGGGUUCAAGCAAUUCUCCUGUCUUAGCCUCCUGAGUAGCUGGGACUACAGGCACAUGCCACCACACCUGGCUUUUUUUUAUAAUUUUAGCAGAGACAGAGUUCCACCUUAUUGGCCAGGCUGGUCUCAAACUCCUGACCUCAGGUGAUCCACCCACCUCGGCCUCCCAAAGUGCUAGGAUUACAGGUGUGAGCCACCAUGCCCAGCCUAGAGGAGCCAGCAUUGUUAGUUAAAUACUUGUGUUUGGAUGGUCCUGGUCAGAGCACCUGUGCCUGUGAUGGAAAGCAGCCACUAGUGACACUUGUACCUGCCAAGGCCUUCAUAGGAGCCACCAACUCAUUUUUUACUCCUAUCAAUGGUCUUAAGAAAUAAGCACUCUCCCUGCACGUACAGUUCUCAUAAAUUGACAUUGUUCCAGGAGGAAUGGGCUCAGUUCCCUCAAGGUUAAACUUAACCUGCUCUCUUCCUACAGAAGCUGGAGGCCCAAAACCACAGACAGAGAGAGAGAGAGAGAGAGUGUGUGUGUGUGUGUGUGUGUGUGCAUGUGUGUGUGUGUGUGUGUGUGUGUUUAUUGGUGAGUGUGGAGCAGAUGAGCCCAGUCAGAACCGCACUGUAUUUUAGUGGUCUUCUGCACUGUGGAGGGUAGAGGAAACCUGUAUGUAUCAUCAGCUGUCCCCUCUCUGGCUUGACUGUUAACUUGGCUGACCCUACCUCUGGGCCAGUUCUCUCUAGUCAUGGACAGAAAGGCAAAAUUCCCGACUUUGUGGACCCUAUAUUCUAGUUGAAGGGGAGAAAAGAAGCAACAAACAUGGAAAUUAUCUGGUAAAUUAGCCAGUAACGAAUGCUAUGAAAAAUAAAGAAGUACAUGGAGGAUUGAGAUUGUAGAUAGAAGCAGGGGUUUCAGUUUACACUGUGAACAAGCCUCACUGGGAAGGUAAAUUUAAACGAAGCCUAGAGAGAAGCAGUUGAGCCAGAUAUAUGAGCAAAGACCUUUCCAGAUAAUAGGAGUGGUCAUUGCAGAGGCUCAAAGGAAGGAUCCCUGGUGUCCUCACAGAGCAGUUAGUAAGGAAAUGUGGCUGGAAUGGAGUCAGCAAGUGGGAGGGAGGGAUAGAGAAGAGGACAAGAGAGAUGUGAGUGGAAUUCCUUCCUCCACUUUUUACUAGUUGUGUAAUAACAGUUGACUCAAACUUCAAAAGUCUCAAUGAAAUCAGUACUUUUACUAUGGCCUGUUUAUCUCAUAAGAUUUUUGAAAGGAUAAAAUGAAAUAAUAUGGAGAAAUGACUUAUAAGCUUUUUUUGUAAUUUGUUAUAUACAUAGGGAUGGAUAGACAGAUGGAUAGAUUAGAUGAUAGAUAGAUAGACAGACAGACAGACAGACAGACAGAUAGAUAGAUAGAUGAUAGCGUUAUGGACUGAAUGUUUGUGUCCCCCCAAAAAUUCAUAUUUUGAAGCCUAACUUCCAGUGUGAUGGUAUUAGGAGGUGAGGCUUUGGGGAGGUGAUUAGGUUUAGAUGAAGUCAUGAAAAUGAAACCCCCAUGAUGGGAUUUGCGCCUUUAUGAGAAGAAAUACCAGUGCUUUCUCUAAUUGCCAUGUGAAGGUAUACCAACAAGGUAACAGUCUGUAAGCCAGGAAAAGAGUCCUCACAAGAAACAGAAUUUGUCUUUAUCUUGGACUUCCUAACCUUUAGAAUUGUAGAAAAUAAUUGUAUGUUGUUUAAGCUACCAGUCUGUGGCAUUUUUUGUAGCAAUCAGAACUGACUAAUAAAGAUAGAUAGACAAUAGAUAGAUACAUAGAUGAUAGAGAUAGAUGAUAGAUAGAUAGAUAGAGAAUAUACGUAUAUAUGUAUGGUCAAUGACUGAGUUCCUUAGGCAGUGGUGCCCUGAUUGCCUUUAUUAGGCAAUUCAAAUAGAAGAAUAGAAGAACCCCCUUUUUUUUUUUGAGAUGGAGUCUUGCUCUGUCACCCAGGCUGGAGUGCAGUGGCGUGAUCUUGGCUCACUGCACGCUCCACCUCUUGGAAGAACCCCUUUUUAUUAGCAUAAAAGCACUUACUUUUAUGAAGCAAACACAUGUAAAAAUAUGAUAACAGAGACUAAAACAUUUAUGAGAUUAGGCCUGAAAGAAAACAAUCACAGAGAAAUUACUGAAUUCCUCUUGGCACCCUGGGGCCUGAUUCAUUCGCUCUAAAUUGUUUAGUACAGUUCCAGAGGAUCAAAGCUCCUGUUUCCUGGCCAGAUAAUCACCUAACUUUUGUAAUCAGAACUGCCUUUCAGAAGUAGAGUGGAAAUCCAGUUUUCUUCUAAUAGCCCUAUACCCUUGCAGUAUUACCAGGGACAAAUUUUUAAAAUUCAUACUUCUUGACAUUUUUUAAAAGGCGUCAAGCUAAAUAUUAUGAUCCUGAUAAGACAAACUUUGAAUAAAUGUGUGAGAGAUACAAAGAUAAUUUUUGUUUUCAUGUUUUGAUGCACUUACACAACUGAAACUAUUUCUAAAUAUUCUUUUUUAUUAAGAUAAAAAGCGAACAUAAUAUCAAUUUGAAUAAUACUGAAAUUCAACCUUCCUACCACAGUUCCCUCCUCCAGAGAUAGUGUUUAGCUACUUUGAUGUUACUCCCAUAGUUCUGAGUUUGCUUUUUACUUCAACUAUUAUGUUAUCUUACAGAUGUCAUUGUUUUUCCUAAAACUUGAAGUGCCUUCCUUUUUUUCUCCUUGAACUCUUUUCCCAUUAAAAAAAAUGGUUUUGGUUUUCUAAAAUUUUCAGAUAGUAUUGUUUACUUGACUGAAUCCCUUCCUUUUCCAGAAACCUUGAGCCUCCUCCACUGGUUUGGGAGUGGUAAGACCAAAAUAAAUGUAAAAAGUAAAGUAGAGGUUCCUCUUCAAAGACUUUCCUCCCUAUCUGAUUAGAAAUAAAUAGUAACUUCUUUUAGAAGCAAAAUGUAUUCACAGACCUGUGCUAACAUUCUUAAAUAUCUGCUAGUCAUAAUAAAGAAAUCAAUGUACUUUAUGUUCUUAGCUCCCACAAUUUAGCCUAAAUAUUUGCCCUGGCAUGCUUAUACUGGUCCAAGCAUUAGGUCAUAGCCUGUUCCUCUUCCUUAUUUAGAAGUGUUUUUACCUUUCUCAGCAUUCCACAAGUUACUUCCUCAUUCCUUUGUUCUCCUCUACCUUUGCCUCUUUUAAAAGUUCUAAGCUGCUAGCCAAUCGGGACAAAUACAGAAUGUGAGGUCCUGUUCCAGCCAAUGGAAACUGGACACAGCAGUAGGGUGGACGCGUCAGGUUAUAAAUGACCCUGUCUCCUUUGUUCGGUGUACUCUUGUGGCAAAACUGCUGGCAAGUGUACCCUUUCUGCAGGAAGUAAAAAUGGCCUUACUAAAUAAA